GGGAGGCGGGCCUGGAUGGGGGGAAGCGCGGGAGGCGGGCCGUAUAGGCAAGCAGGCAGGAAGGGCUGUGGCUGGAGGAGCUGCGACGGGGGCAGGGCUGUGGUGGGACCGAGCGAGGCCCGGACUCGACUGCGGGACGGGAAGGAGGCGAGAAGACAGGAGACCCCGCGGGCGGCGGAGCCCCGGCAGCCGGGACCGGACAAGACAGGCCGGCCGGCCCAGUGGUGUGGAAGAGCUUCAGUCAAGGAGAAGGAGCCAGUGGAGUGCUGUGAAGUGUUGGGGGUGGCUCUUUGCAAGCACCACUUCCUGGAUGAUAUGGCUGGGCUUGAGUUGCUGAUAAAGCAGGAUUCCCCCAUCUGACUGGCCCAGGCAGUGGAACAACAGUGGAACAACGGUCCUGAGCCAUGGCAGUGUGGAUCCAAGCACAGCAGCUGCAGGGUGAUGCCCUGCGGCAGAUGCAGGCCUUGUAUGGACAGCACUUUCCCAUUGAAGUCCGCCAUUACCUCUCGCAGUGGAUUGAGAGCCAGCCAUGGGAUUCCUUUGACGUGGACAACCCCCAGGAGGGAGCCAAAGCUACACAGCUGCUGGAAGGACUCAUCCAAGAGCUGCAGAAGAAGGCAGACCACCAGGUGGGCGAGGAUGGCUUCCUUCUGAAGAUCAAGCUGGGUCACUAUGCCACCCAGCUGCAGAAUACAUAUGAGCGUUGCCCUAUGGAGCUGGUGCGCUGCAUCCGACACAUCCUCUACCAUGAGCAGCGCCUGGUGCGAGAGGCCACAGAUAGCUCCUCCCCAGCUAGCAGUCUGGCUGAUGCCUUGUCCCAGAAGCACCUGCAGAUCAACCAGACUUUUGAGGAACUGCGCCUGGUCACUCAGGACACGGAGACUCAGUUAAAGAAGCUCCAGCAGACGCAAGAAUAUUUCAUCAUUCAGUACCAAGAAAGCCUUCGCCUACAAGCCCAGUUUGCUCAACUUUCCCAGCUAAAUCCCCAGGAACGAAUGGCCCGUGAGCCGACUUUGCAACAGAAGAAGGCAACCCUGGAAGCCUGGCUGCAUCGUGAAGCCCAGACCCUGCAGCAGUAUCGUGUGGAGCUGGCUGAAAAGCACCAGCAGACGUUGGCCCUGCUCCGCAAGCAACAGACCAUCAUCCUAGAUGAUGAACUGAUCCAGUGGAAGAGAAGGCAGCAGCUAGCAGGGAAUGGUGGGCCCCCUGAAGGCCCUUUGGAUGGCCUACAGGCCUGGUGUGAGAAGCUGGCUGAGAUAAUAUGCCAGAACCGUCAGCAAGUGCGUCGUGCUGAACAUCUAUGCCAGCAACUGCCUAUUCCAGGGCCCAUUGAGGAGAUGCUGUCUGAACUCAACAGCACUGUCACCGACAUCAUUUCUGCCCUAGUCACUAGCACCUUCAUCAUUGAAAAGCAGCCUCCCCAGGUGCUGAAGACCCAGACCAAGUUUGCAGCCACCGUGCGGUUGCUGGUUGGUGGGAAGUUAAAUGUCCACAUGAACCCUCCACAGGUGAAGGCCACCAUCAUCAGCGAGCAGCAAGCCAAAGCCCUGCUCAAAAAUGAGAGCACUCGCAAUGAGAGCAGUGGUGAUAUCUUGAAUAACUCCUGUGUGAUGGAGUAUCACCAGGCAACUGGAACGCUGAGUGCCCAUUUCCGCAACAUGUCUUUGAAGCGGAUCAAGCGCUCUGACCGACGCGGUGCCGAGUCUGUGACGGAGGAGAAGUUCACCAUCCUCUUUGAAUCUCAGUUCAAUGUGGGUGGUAAUGAGCUGGUCUUCCAGGUGAAGACGCUAUCUCUGCCUGUGGUGGUGAUUGUGCAUGGCAGCCAGGACAACAAUGCCACUGCCACCGUGCUGUGGGACAACGCUUUCGCUGAGCCGGGCCGUGUGCCUUUUGCUGUGCCCGACAAAGUGAUGUGGUCACAGUUGUGUGAGGCCCUCAACAUGAAGUUCAAAUCAGAGGUCCAGAGCAGCCGAGGACUCACCAAGGAGAACCUACUCUUCCUGGCCCAAAAGCUCUUCAACAGCAGCAUUAACCACUUAGAAGAUUAUAACAGCAUGGCGGUUUCCUGGGCCCAGUUCAACAGGGAGAACCUUCCGGGGCGAAAUUACACUUUCUGGCAGUGGUUUGAUGGAGUAAUGGAGGUCCUGAAGAAACACUUGAAACCUCACUGGAAUGAUGGUGCUAUCCUAGGUUUUGUCAACAAGCAGCAAGCCCAUGACUUGCUGAUCAACAAGCCAGACGGGACUUUCCUCUUGAGGUUCAGUGAUUCUGAGAUUGGAGGAAUCACAAUUGCCUGGAAGUUUGACAAUGCUGACAGAAUGUUCUGGAACCUGAUGCCCUUCACCACCCGUGACUUCUCCAUCCGCUCCCUGGCAGACCGACUUGGAGACCUCUCAUACCUAAUCUAUGUGUAUCCUGACCGACCUAAGGAAGACGUCUUUUCCAAAUACUACACACCAGUCCUUCCAAAAGCUGUGGAUGGAUACGUGAAGCCACAGAUCAAGCAAGUUGUGCCAGAAUUUGCCACCACGUCUGGGGAUCCUGCAGCCAGUGCGUCUACCUACGUCAUGGAGCAAGCACCAUCCCCUGCUGUCUGUGCCCCAUCCCACUACAACAUGUUUCCACAGAACCCUGACUCCGUGCUGGACCCAGAAGGGGACUUGGAUCUGGAAGACUCAAUGGAUGUGGCACGACAUGUGGAGGAACUGCUGCGGCGCCCCAUGGACAGCCAGUGGAUCUCGCACGCACAGUUGUGACCCUGUCCCCUUCCCUGGAGAGACCAUACAGAGACUGUGAAACAUGGGAGCACUGCCACCGGGGAGUGCAGCUGCUGUGGGGAGGGUGCCUGUCCUCACCCCCAUAAUGAGGCAGGCUUGCUCUGCUGCAGCUGAGGAGGUGUCUGAGAGGCAGUUGGUGUUUGUCUCUCCCCUCACCCAUGCACAAAAGGCAGUGGAGUGCAUGGCUUGGUUUUCCCAUCUGCUCUUCUGAGAGGCGUUCCUCAGGCCUCCCGCUUAGGCACACGGCCUCUUACCUGCCCAGCUACCAUUUGCUUUGUGUUGGGAGUCAUCCCAUACCCUCCUCCCCAUCUUCCCAGAAUGCAGCACAUUGCUGUCCCUUGCCCAUAGGCCUUCUGGUGUUUGGGAGGAGAGGGGGCUGAGCUGUGGAGAAAAGUACGCCUUAUUUGAAGUAUCACCUUUUCUGUGUCUGAUGUUUCUCUUCUCAGCUGCACCCAGGAUAAACGGUGUGUGUGCCUGCAUUUGACCUAUGUUUCCUGUGUGUGCGCAUGUGUCUGGUGCUGUGUGCAAGAGGCACAGACUUUGUGGGAGUCCUCCUUCUAUUCAGAUCCCUUGGACACUGCAGCCUGGGCCUGCCAGGUUCCUCUUGAUUGACAGCAUCCUCUUGAGUCGUUUUAUGUUCCCCACCCCAGUCUCUCUCUUUGCCUCGUUGCAAGGUAGUUGCUUAUCUCUUGGCUCCUGCAGCUAGCACCUUUGGCUUUGACAUGUCUGACAUUUUGCUCCCAGGUACCACACAUUCAGCAGGUUGUUCUGCUGAACAAUCCAAGUAUCACAAGUUCUGCAGAUUGUCCCAGGUAUCACAAAUUUAGUAGGGUGUUUUUUGUUUUGUUUAAAUAAGUUGCAAAGAAAGUGCAGAAUUAAAACCUGAAAUCAUGAUUUCUUGACUUGACUUGGUAGAAGGGUGGGGAGCAGAUUCUAGCAUUUUAUUGCCAGCUUCAGAGAGGAAGAGUUCUAGAUGAGUGUAGAAUUCUAGACGUGUGGUCAAAACCCACCAUUUUGUUUCUUUUUUCUCUCCCUCUUCUGCUCCUUAGCUGGCUGAACAAGCGGGAAGAACAGCUCCAUCCAAGCGUUAUUUUUAUACCUACUAGUCAAUAAAGCUGACUAUUUUAACACAAAGCUAUGGAUUUUUUGACAUAUAUGUCUGUGGAGUAGGUCAUUUGUUAGGAGGAAAGAUGAUUGGCUGUGACCCAACCAUUAUGGUGUUUGUUGGUGGUUUGGUUUUUUUUUUGGCAGGGGUUAACAAACAAUGGCAUGGCAAGCUGUGGUGCCGCUGGUCCCAGCUGGGUUUUAAAAAUCAGACUUUUCUGCUGGAGUCAGGUGGGAUCGCCAUAUGGAGAGGACCUGGCAGCUCUUGGCUUGUCCUGAAAUGCUUAGAGUGCCUCCCCCACCAAUAGCAGGCAAAUCGUGAUGUUGAAUCCUCUUCCAGUCUGUUGCAGCCAGUGUACAAGGCAGUAGAAACUGAGCAGGGGGCAAAUGAACGCUGAACCAGAAGCCGCCUGAUCCCCAGCCUUUGACAUGGCUCUCUUUGACAUGGCCCUCUUUGGCCAAGGCCCCUGCAAUUUCAUGUAGCAUGGUGGUGGCUGCACCUGGAAUGCUGCCUAAGCAAGGAUGCUGGUAGACUCCCCCCUCACAGUUGGGCCUCGUGAUACAAAAAUUGAUUGCUGAAGAAUGUGUCAGUCCUUCUCCCCCCGCCCCCUACCCGCAAACAUUUUGCAGAAUGCUUGAUGUAGCCAUUAUUAGAAAAGUCACUCCCUGCUAAUACAAAAGUGGAUCUUUGGAUGGCUGUGUCAGAUGAGGCAUUUGCAACAGAGGGUUGUGCCCACUUUUCAGCCUUCACAACAUCCUUAAUGGAAGCAUAAAUCCCACCACCUUCUGCUCGCUGAGUGAGGCACAGAAGACGAAGCUUUGUGUGUCACACUCCACCAGAUACGCACAUCUUGUAUGCACCUUGCAUAGGCAGAAUCCAAAAGCAGCCUGGCUACAGAGGCAUAUAAAUGUCUCUGAAGCAAACGCAAUCUGUUCACUCUGAAGUUGCAUUGAAAAGGCCAGCUGCUGUGGAAUUGAUUUCGUACCAUUUGCUGAUAGAAGUGUUAACAAAAUCUCAGUUAAGAACAAGAAAAGCUCUGCUGGGUCAGGCCCAAGGCCUAUCAAGUCCAGCACCCUGUUUCACACAAUGGCCCACCAGAUGCCUCUGGGAAGCCCACAAGCAGGAGAAGAUGAACAGGAGCCUCUCUCUUGCUGCUGCUCCUGUGCUGCUGAUAUUUAGGGACAUCCUGCCUCUGAGCCAGAAGGCAUCCUAAAGCCAUCAAGACUUAUAACCAUUGAUAGACCUGUCCUUUGUGAAUUUAUCUAAGCCUCUUUUAAAGCCAUCCAAGCUGGUAGCCAUCCCCACAUCCCAUGGUAGAGAAUUCCAUAGAUUGAUUAUGCACUGUUUCACACCUCCUUUUGUUGGUCCUAAAGUGUUUCAGUACUUCCUUGUGUCGGUCCUAAAGUUCCUGGCAACCAGUUUCAUGGAAUGAGACUGGUCCCUGAUUCUAGUGUUCUGAGAGAGGGAGAAAGAUUUCUCUCUAUCUACUCUUUCCAGACAUGCAUAAUUUUAUAGACCUCUAUUACGUCUCCCCAUAGUCAUUUUUUUAAAGCUAAAAAGCCCCAGAUAUCAUCUUGGUUGUCCUCUUCUGCACCUCAGUUCCCAAAGGGCCAUUCCAGUCACUAUUCUUUUCCCAAUAACAAAGGAUGAUAUUUCAGAGAGCAUACACAAUACAGUGGAAUGCUUGUUUUACCAGCAGUUGAACUGUAGCUAUAAUAGCCAUUCCUCCUGCCCACCCUUGCAGUUAACACCAGUGCUUUGAUGUGAGGCAAGUGGCAGUGCUGGUAUUGGAUGGCUGUGCUCAUAUUGGAUGGUGUCUGUGACGUCAGUAGGCAACAGUUCACAAGUUCCUCCCCUUCCUCACUGUGCUAUCUUGAAAGAAUUGUAGUGUGUGGGGUUUUUGUUUGGUGGGGGGGGAGUGUUUAAAGCUAGCUCAAUCCCCUUUUGUUACUUGGAUAUUUGCUGGAGAUGGCUAGCAACAGCACAGCACUUGUAGAAGCCUCGAGGUAAUCCCAGGAAGGGACCCUCCACAAUGUCAUUAUGUAGUAGCAAAAUGACCGUUCUUCAGCACAUCAAAGACUAACUUAAAUCCCAGCACCAAUUUCCUAUUCUUCUCAUAGCUGCUUCAAGUUUCUAGUCCUUACUGUUGGAGAUUCUCAACUCCUUGCCCCCGAGUACCCUCAGAUGUUAUGGCCCUUCUACUCUCUAAGCACGCUUACCAUUACAAAUGUUAGUAUGGUUUGCUAGCUGACCAUAAUGUGUGUUUAGCACUUAUCCUGCCCUAAGUCCUCCCUUGUGUUCCAGAGAACUUUCCUAUGUAUUAGUGUGUGUAUGUAUCAAUCUCAGGUUGCAUCGAGCAGGGGCACUUGCCUCUGGAGAGCUGGAAUUGUGAGGGCCUGCCAAUCAGCCCCCUUGGUCUCCUCUACCCCACUCCCCCUUUCUUAAUCUCUGUGCCUUCAGCAGUGCCACUUUUUGUGCCUGGAGCAGCCUCUCCCUCUCUGUUAUCAGGCUGCCGCCUCCUUUUCCUCAACUGCUUAACAUCGGCUGGACCAGGGAUUCUCAACAUUGGGUCCCCAGAUGUUAUUGGACUUCAACUCCCAUAAUCCCCAGCCAAAAGCCACUGGGCCUGGGGAUUAUGGGAGUUGGUCCAAUAACAUCUGGGGACCCAACGUUGAGAAUCCCUGGGCUGGACAAUAAUGUUCAAGAGAGCUGGAAGGGUUAUGAUGAGAAGCAUCAUUGCACACUUAGUUUUUUUGGUCUCUUUGUUGCCUCUGGCCAAACAGGUGUUGAGGCUUUUGAAACAAUACAAAAACCUACUGGCAGAGCGGUGAGUGGAAUGACCACACCCCAUAGGCCAUGAUGCUUCUCACAUACCACCUUCAAUGCUUUGUGGGGGAAAUGUCAUCUACCAUUCAAAACCUUUCGGGAGCCAACCUGGCCUCACCAUGCCUACCUCAUCAUUACGACAUAAAGGCAUUACAACAUGCCUACCAUAAAUCAUGACGACCUAUUUUGUCCGUCCACUAUAGAUCAUGAGCUCCAUGACCAGAUGCUGUACACCUUCUGUGGUUCUGUAUAGCCCCUAGCAUACUGCUGGCCUUAAACACAAUGUCAGCUAAUAGUUAUAAGCAGCUUCAUUUCUUCAUUCUCAGGACUCUGCGACAAAAUGUUUUUGGCUUGAAAUCUGAUGGGAUGGGGGAAUCACACCUUUUUAAAAAUAGCGAGAGUAAUAUAUUUUCUAGAAGUUGUUCUAGAAGUUCUCAUCUGGUUGUGGCUUUGAUUUUUGCAUUGUGUAUGUGGACAUUGAAAAGGUCCUGAAACUGGAAGGGGUAAAACUUGUGUUGAACCAAGGAAGCAUGGUGGUGGGGAGGGUUGGUUAGAAGCGGAGUGCUGCUUUUCUCACACACCCUCUAAGAUAAAUGUGAAUUCUAUUUGGCUACCCUUUAGUUGACUCUCAAAGAAGCUUGGUUUUCACUGAUCCCCUGCUCAGUAGCAAGAGAUAGCCCUGCCAUGAAGCAAGAUGCAGUGGCUGCUUCGGAAGGCAGAUUAUGGUUGCCACGGAGGGUGCUGGAGGCAGGCAGAUCUGACGCAUGGUCUGCUAGAAAGUUCUGUGCACAAGAGCACUACCGUUCAUUUCAAAGAACUUGUGCAGUGGAUCUUGCCAGCGGGUUGACCCAUGUUCAUUUGUGUCAGUGGUGGGGAGUCAUUUGGAUUUUCUGCCUCACAUAUCAAAAUGUUUUGGAGCCGGUGGCAUAGCCACUGGUGAACGACGGGGGACAAAAGCCCUAGACCAGCAGUCGCCUGCUGCCCCCUCCCCAUGCUCACUCAGCAUCUGCGACAUCACCAAGCUGGUGCAGAGUUGCCCCAUCCCGGCGAGAACAGGGGUUCCCUUUAAGGGAGGUCUGCUCUUGCGCUGGCAUGGGCCAGUGCGCCAGCAUCAUCAGACCAUGGCUGCCACUGCUUUGGCUAGGUGCUACCAGGGUGGGCAGGUGGCAGCGGCAGCCACAAAGGCAGCUACCAGUGGGGAGCCAUCUCAAGUUUUACCCCAGAGCUGCCUUCAGCCUUCUUUGCCCUUGUUUGGAGCUAACUUUGUGGGUAACUGCAUAGCAGUUCUGUUUCAAUAUGGCGCAAUUUAACACAGCUGUGAAAUGGGAAUAUAGGCUUUAAUCCUUUGCAGUGGGCUGAAUAUGGACAAAGUUAUAUUACAGGGACAUCAUAUGUAAACCCCACUUCAGAAUGGAGCACAAAGUUCUGUAGUUUUGACAAUUCCUCAUGAAGUACGAUGUUGUAACUUCCUGUUCCUCUUCCCUGUUGCACAAGGCAAUAUGAUCUGCCAGGAGCAAUUCUCUGCUCUGGUGACCCAGUCGAUAUGAUUAGGGUUUGUGCAAGAAUACAAUGCUUGCUGAUAUUCAUUUCAGUGGGGACUGGAUUACACACAAGGAAUCCUCAGUGGAUUGGUGCCCAUUCCAUCUUCACUCUUGGGACCUGCUCUGCCCAAGCAACUGUCAAAAAUGUUCCCUUAAAACCAGGGUACACAGCAUAAAUAUUGCACUAUUUUAAAUCAUUAUUUUGCCAAAACUUUGAAGAGUUUUAAUGGUAUAAAUUAAGUUUUCUGCUAAAAUAUCACUUUUUAAAAUAUAUCAAGGGGAAACGUUUGGUUUUUUGUUUUUAAUUUGGAGAAAGGGACAAAAUCUCAAGGGAUAUAAUUUUACAUGCCUUUUAUAUAUAUUUUUCAAAAAUAGAUGGCACUUUUAUGUGAAGAACUGUAUUUUGAUGAAAUAUUCAUGUUCUGAAAGAUGCUCUAGCCCUGUGCAACCAAUAAAGUGUUGUGGUUUUUUGAUUAAUAACUA